AUGACAGCAAGAGCGGAAAUCGAGCACCGACUUCAGCACUACAAAAAAAGGAGUCAGUCCUUCAUGAGCACAAGCGACAAAUGCAAGGCGAGUUUUUCCUUUCCGAAUCUCUUUUUUUCAAUUUUUCGGAGUUUCAGGACAUAACAGAUGGAAGCUCCACAUAUUAUGACGCUGAAGCGACGAAAAACGAGUUAAAAGCAAAAAGUCGUCGACAAAAAUCUUCGAGUGUGUGUGUAGCCACUAUCCAGAUGGUUGGUACCUUCUCAAUAAAAAGCUCGAAUGAAUGUUUUACGAUACUAGGAGAACGAGAAAAAACGGCCGCCAAGGACGAUGAACGACUUCAAGUUCCUCAAUCCCGAAGUUUUAACCAUGCAAAACUAUGAAGUUCAAAGAAUACGGUGAAAAGUUUUGAGUUGAGAUUUAUUGGAUACGGUUCAGUCUGCCAGCUCUCUCCACUUCCGAAGUCUUUCACGAGCCUCCGCAAAUGUACGUCUACACAACAAUGCCCUUGAAAGGAGGAGCAGGUACGAAGAAAUCAUUAAGAAAACCUUAAAAAGAACUCCGAUUAAUUAUUAAAUCUUUUAACUGGAAACUUUAAAAAAAAGAGAAUGAUGCCCAUUAUCCUCGCAGUCAAAAAUGGAAAGGCUCUAGUUGGAAAAAAAAAAUUGAGGUUUGAAAAGAUACAAAAGUUCUUCUAGUAGAGAAUCCCUUCCGAGUUUCUAGAUGGCAGUAAAGUUGAAAUACAAAGGAAACGCUUCGUUUGACUUUUAGGUAACUUCAUAAAUUGAGGAAAAUAAUAGAGUCCUUCCAAAAUGAACCUAUCUUAUGGAAUACCUUCAAAAUAAAAAAAUGAAGCAGAGAGAAAUGUUGGAAAUUCAGUAUUCAAGCGAGAAAAAAAGGAGAAAGCCGUCUGGGGGGCGUGGAUGAGGAAGAACAAGCACUCAGUCCGGGCCUACACACUCGGCGGCCUUUCCGUAAUAAUCAUCGUCAUAUUUCUCAUUUUAGAAGCAACUGUCUUGAGAUAA